AUGUCCCGAUCCGCCGCGGACGCAACGCGGUUCACGGCCACCGGGCCCUACGCCAGCUCCAAGUCCGGAUCGUCCCCGUACGAGCUCCCCAGCUUCAUGCAACCCAAGACCAGCAACAAGAGCCGUCCGGCCAACACGCCACAGCCGGGCCCCGGCGAGCCCGCUGAGACGCCUCGGCAGAAGGUGGAACGGCUGCGGGCGCAGGCGCGGGCUGCUCGGAGGGCGCAGGAGACGUCGGGGUUCGAUCGGUUCGUGGAUACUAGUCGGAGGUUCGCCAAUAAGGCGCACAAGGGUGUGGUGUAUUCGUUGAUUGUCGCGUCGGGUGUCUGCGGUGUCCUCACCGUCUACUCGAUGAUCUCGCUCACGCUCUACAACCGCCGCCAGCGCACCCUGUGGAUCGAGAAGGAACUCGCCACCCUGAACCAGGCACACGCCGAUUAUACCAACGGCACGGCAACCCCGGAGCAGCUCGAGUUACUGAAGAAAGAGAAAAUUGGCGGCAUUGUCAAGCAGAAGCGCGAGGAGGACAAGGCCCAGCGGCCGUGGGCCAAAGCGAAGGCAUUCUUGUUCGGGAAACUCAACACGGAGGAUAGUGCCGCCGCCGUCACCCAGGUCAAUCCUAUCACGCCCACUCCUGCGGCAGAUGAAGCCGGCUCCUCCCAAACUAGUGUGACGGACGCUGUUCAAGCGAAGCAGGCGAUGGAUGCCGCGUCGGCCAAGACCGGGGCGUCGGUCCCUGGUCAGUUGGAUGUCAUGGCCGAGAAUGCAGAGCGUGCUGCCAAGGAGAAGUCGCAGAGUUGGACCAGUUGGUUGACUGGACGGUAG